AUGGGAACUCCAGAGAAUACAAGAGAACCAUGCCCCGACCGGAUCUUAGAUGAUAUUGGCGAUGCGUUCGGCAUGGGUAUUGCCGGAGGAUCCGUCUUUUACAUGAUCAAAGGAAUCUACAAUUCUCCCUCCGGCGCUCGUCUCUCCGGCGGCGCUGAGUAUGUACGUAUGAACGCCCCGAGAGUCGGAGGAAUCUGGGCCGUAUGGGGUGGUGUGUUCUCGACCUUGGACUGCGCCAUGGUGUACGCUAGACAGAAGGAAGAUCCAUGGAACUCCAUCUUUGCCGGGGCCGCCACCGGAGGCCUUUUAUCGCUGCGUCAAGGUUUCCGCGCGACUGGUAAGGCGGCUUUGGUGGGAGGUGCCCUGUUAACUCUCUUACAAGGAGUACAGAUCGCUUUGGACAAACUCGCGAGUGCUGCGCAGCACGAGCAGGCUUCCAUGGGUGAUGCGGCCUCCUUACCACCUGCUCAGGUUUAUGAGACUUCUUCUGCUCCGGAGGCAGGUUCGGGGUCUUGGUAUGGAGGUUUGUUUGGGAGUGGGAAAAAAGAGGAGUCUGAGGAUAAGUCAGGGAGCAAGACUCGGGUUCUUGAGAGCUGUGAUGCGCCUCCCGUCUCAACUUAGGAGCUUAACUAAUUUGUGUGGAAAAUAAAAUUGAGUAAACAUAAAUUUCAUUGUGUGAGAUGGUAUUUAAGAGGAAACGGUGUAUGA